GGACAGAGCAGACUGCUGGGCUCAUGUUAUCACCCAUGGGUGGCCAUUAUCUAGGUGUAUCUAGUCUGCAACUAGUCCAAACAUAACAGGAAGAGAAAUGAUGCAAAACAGUGAAACAACUGCAGGACAGCCACAGUAUGGACAGAGGAUGAUUUUUACAGGUCCAGAUGGAAUCGGAGACUAUAGGCCAAGAUCCAAUUACUUUACCCGGUACAUCGGUGUGGGUGCCACAUCACCUGAGGCCACAGGUGACCUCAGUUACCUGUGCCGAGCUCCACCAGAUGCCCUCCCACCCAUUCCCAGGCAGAGCUAUGUGGGGGAGGUGGGCUGGGGAUGGCAAUAUAACCAGCUGUUAAACAGUGGGACGCUGCUCAGCAAUAUGCAAAUUAAGAAAACAGACAUACGGGCAUCGUUGGAGAACAGAGUCACUCAAAAGUUUCAGAGCACAAACUCAACUGAUAGCAGAGGAGGGACAGGAGUGAAAGUGAAGGGCCCAAAUGAGACUGAAAACACAAGUACAGGAACCACAGGAGGAUGCAGCUCAAAGAGUCACUGCAGUGAGACACCAUCCCUCUGAGUCUCAUCUCCCUGAGUUUUUCAGGCUUU